AUGGCAGGUGAUGAGGAGCCCACAUUCAUCUGUAGGAAGGGAUUCCAUGCCAUCAACGUGCAUGCCGUUGUGGAUGUAAAUCUCAGCUUUACAAACAUAGUGGUGAGAUGGCCUGGGUCCACACGUGACUCCUUCAUCGUAACAAAUUCCUUUCUCCCAAACAUUAUGGAAGGAACUGAUGGAUGGCUGUUGGGGGAUUCUGGGUACCCUUUGAAGAAGUGGCUUCUGACACCUUUUGCUCAGCCAUCAAAUCAGCAGGAGCAGAGGUACAACCGUGCCCACUGUUCCACUAGAAAUACAGUGGAGAGAGCUUUUGGUGUACUCAAGAGCAGGUUUAGAUGUAUGCACAAGAUUGGUGAGACUUUACAAUUUGGUUCGGAGAAAUGCAUCAAAAUCAUUGAAUGCUGCUUUCGGCUCCACAACAAGGCUAUCCUCGACAAAAUACCCCUGCAAGCCACAAAUGAGGCAGCUGUGCCAGUGUUUCACCACCAUGCAGCAUAUCAAGGAAAUGACAAUGAUGGUCUUACUUUGAGACAUAGGAUAACACAGAGAUUUUAA